UAUAUAAAGGGUGAGUUAGGUAAUGAAAAUUUGUCAAGAACGCCACUCAUCACGACAUCAUAGCAACUCAUCAAGCUUCAAAAAUCAAGAAAAAUCCAUUAAAACCCAGAUGGAGGAGCCUUCUUUCUUCCACCAAUACCUGAAACCAGACCUCUCUUUUGAUUAUUUUCCAUCACUUUCUUGGGAAGAAUCUUUUCCUUACCACUCAAAUUUUCUCCCUUUCGAAGCUAAUGACUCCGGAGAUAUGCUUCUCUUCGAUGUUGUAGCUCAAGGACACCAGAAAGAAUCUUCAGAAUCCAAUUCCACCACCGCAACUAAAGAAGAAGAUCUCACUUCCCAAGAAGAAGUUUCAGUUUCCACAAUCAAGAAAGAGAAAUCUUACAGAGGAGUACGAAAGCGACCAUGGGGAAAAUAUGCCGCCGAGAUCAGAGACUCCACCAGAAAUGGCAUCAGAGUUUGGUUAGGCACCUUUGACAGUGCAGAGGCAGCCGCUUUAGCUUAUGAUCAAGCAGCAUUUUCCAUGCGAGGUUCAAUGGCUAUACUGAAUUUUCCGGUGGAGACGGUGAGACAGUCACUUCAAGACAUUAAGUAUCGGUGUGAAGAUGGGUGUUCGCCGGUGGUGGCGUUAAAGAGAAAGCACUCGAUGAGACGAAAAUCGACGAGCAAGAAAAGUAAAGGGAAAGAGUUAAACAUUAAGCCAAAGAAUGUGGUGGUAUUAGAGGAUUUAGGAGCUGAGUAUUUAGAAGAGCUUUUGAGCUCAUCAUGUGAAGGAAGUCCAAAUCCAUGGUGAAUCUAAUUCUUUUACCCAUUAUUUUCUUCUUCUUGAUUUUCUUUUCUCUUUCAUCUGUGGUUUCCAGCUUUCUCUGUCAAUCCUUGUUAUUUUGAUCUGAAUUUGUAAAGUGGAAAAAGAAUGGAUAUGUUUAUUUGAAAAAAAAAUUAUUAAAAAAAGGCAAUGGCUUUAUCUUCUUU